AUGCCGCGUAUUUGGCGUGGAGGAGGUAGGGGAAGAGGUAGGGGCGAUUCUACAGGUACUCCGUCCCCAUCUACUGCUACACUUAGCCGACCUACACCUACUCCAUCUACUGCUACACCUAGCCGACCUAUUACUAGCCAACCUACACCUACUCCAGGAUCUAGUAGUGCUUCUGUACAAGCAGAAAUGUGGUCGGAAAUCCCUAAGGAGGUGAAGACACGGAUGUGGGAGCGUUUCCAGGGGUACUAUUGUUGGGAUUCAGCACUGGACGCCAAGAUGCUGCAGAUAUGGGAGACUCGGGGUGCCAAAAACUACAAUGAUGGCAUGAAUUCUGCUAGGAGAAGGGCAGGAGAAAUGGCCAGAAGUCAAUCGAUGCCCUAUGUAGAAAACGACCCUAAUAGGGAUAUGACUAUGUUAAAGGGCUUCCACCCUAAGUGGCUCGAUCCUCGUAUCUGGUGCGAGAUGAUUAAUCGUUGGAACACGCCCCAUUGGAAGGGUGUAGUUUCCAAGGCGGCGCAUGAUAAUCGAAUGACUAUGGUGGAAGGUGAUAUAGCCAAACACACCGGCAGAUCGAUCACAUUCACGAAAACAAAAAAUGGCGUGCCACCGUCCGCUAGGGAACUCUUCGAUCAUACGCAUAAGAAGAGGUCGAGUACAGAGUCAUCUUCGGGUUGCGGGUCACGAGGGGAGUACGUGACUUCGAGGUGUAGCCAGGUUGCGAUGGAUCCGUUACACUUAGAUAACGAAAAAUUUUUCAUCGAUUACUGA